UAAGAAAAUCCUGGGAACACUUGGCAUGGCUGUUGUUCAAAACGGUCUAGUGCUUAUGCUUAGGGUAAAGUGGUGGAUUAUAUGAGCUUAACCGAGGAUGUGAUGAUGCGAAUGUGUUGUUGAGUGCUUGACCCCGCAUUGGACGCCUAUCCAGCCGUUAGAUCCUGCAAUAUCGUGUCCAUACCGAUAAAACCCAACCAUCGCCAGUCCUCCCAACCAUCAUAGACAUAGAAAGUAGGCAUGGCGGUGGUCCAAGACAGAGACAAGACAUGCGCGGCGUGCCUGAAGAUCCCUCCCAUUUCGGAGAUCGCCCCAGGGCAUGGUGGGGUGAACAUAUUCUGGGACACGUACCAGCAGCUGGAGGACUCGGCGACGAAAGGUUGCCCCUCCUGUAAAUUCUUCUACCGACAUUGCAUCGCUCCAGACGCCAAACGCGCAACGAGCAAAUACAUGAGUCCGUCGAAAUCGCGCGGACCUUAUGGCCUUGGUUGGAAUGGACACCCUCCAUGGGAGCGAACGCCGAUGGGCGAUCGUCCCCGGAUUGACCUGCUCUAUGACAUCGAUCUCCCGCCCGAGGCCUAUGAAGAUAAGAUCUACACCAUCGGGUCAGAAGCGACGUUCGACGUCUUCGCGGAUCCGGAGGAGCCGAUCUCCAAAUACAUUCUGGCCCGGGACGUCAUGCCGGACCCGCGCGUGGACGGGGCAUUCGAGCUGGUGAAAGGAUGGGUGGACUCAUGCUGCCAGUCGCAUUCCGCGUGCAAACGCGGCGAGGAUCCAGUCCUGCCGAGAUUCAUCAUAGAAAUUAGCGCAGCCCCGGGGGCGACCGAAUUCCAGCCCUCGUUGCGCUUGGUGGAAAAUGACGGCUCCCAAAAAUGCCCCUACAUCACCCUGAGCUUUAUCUGGGGGGUUCGGGUGCAGCCAGUGCAGUUAAUGCGGGAGAACAGGAAGCAAUUCCUCGAAUCGAUUCCCUACGACCGGCUACCGAACACGGUCAAGGAUGCCGUCUUUGUCGCGCACAGGUUGAAUGUCAAGUACCUCUGGGUCGAUACGCUGUGCAUCGUGCAAGACGACGACGAGGUAAAGAGAGAACAGAUCGCGCAGAUGUGCGAUAUCUACGGCCGCUCGUACCUCACGGUCCAAGCGGCCAACGUCAAUUCCGUCCACGAGUCGUUCCUACGGCCGCGAGCGCCCCCCAAACACCCGUCUCUUAAGCUACGCUUCAACGAAUCCAGUCACAUCUAUCUGCGGCCCGGGGGCUAUGAGCAGACAGAGAAAGCCUUCAGUCCCGUGGACCGAAGAGGGUGGAUCUUCGAGGAGGGCGUUCUACCCCCUCGUCUCCUGGUGUACCGCGCGGAACAGAUGGUGCUGGCCUGUCGCACGGCAUACCAGGCUGAAGAUGGGUAUCGGGCCUCCAAACGGCCUGGACCAUAUCCGAGCUUUCUUGAUCCGGCUCCCUGGUGGCGCAAUAGCCGGGUCAAGGGUCCACAGCGGCGGCCUGACAAGCGCUGGGACAUCCUCAACUGCUGGUACAAUGCCCUGGAUUUCUCCUACACCGGGCGUGCAUUGACGGUGGCGAGCGACAAGCUGCCAGCGAUCCAUGGCGUUGCUGUACGCCUCGGAGACCAGAUCGGCGGACGGUACAUGGCGGGCCUCUGGGAGUCUGACCUGCCAUGGGGGCUGCUGUGGGAAUCGCGGGGGCAUUGGACCGGACCCGAGUGGCUCCGCGAGCAACAGCGAGCCUCCCGACCAGCGAAGUACCGGGCGCCGUCGUGGUCUUGGGCGGCGAUCGACGGGGCCACGUACCACCUCUUCUCCGACCGAGUGCACAGCCGACCUGUGGCCACCGUGGAGACCAGUGCCAUCCGCAUCGACACCCUGGGAGACAUCUCCGACGGGGUGAUGAAGAUUCACGGGCCACUUUUCCAGGCCGAUCUCGUCCCUCCCGAUCCGGCCACGGCCAAUGCCAAGCGGCUUUCAUCCGCUCUGUCCACGAUCGCCUGGUCCAAUGCCAAUCACGGAUCCGGGCCGCCGCCCGGAACCAUCCUAGGGAGGGCCAAUCUAGAUAUUCCGGGGGGCCACGAGGCGGAGGUCUGGUGUCUCCACAUCGUCUCGGCCCGGGGACUAAUCCUGGAGUGUGUGAAUCAGGAGAAGAGAACAUUCCGCCGGGUGGGGAUAUUUACCAUUCGGGAGGACCAGCUAAAUGCCAUUCCAGGGGACAAAUUCAUGGCUGACGUGACCCUCAUUUAG